CGUGUGCACAAACAUCUGCACAUAUACACACACAUAUGGCGCUGCCCGCUCUCGAGGCCGGGCACGACGCGUGCCGCCGCAUGUUUCGCGCCUUGAGCGCCGGCGAGGACCUGUCGCAGAUCGUCCAGGACUUCAUCGAGGCUGAGGGCAACCUCCAGGUCCACCUUGCAGAGCUCCACGAGGCCAUGCCAGGCGAGGUGCCGCCGCACCGACGCGCCGCCGCUGCGGCCGCGGAGCUAACCGCCGACCUGCAACGUGCCGAGCUGGCGCUGCUCGCGGCAGAGGCGCUGGCUGAUGCGGAGCUGCGCCGGCCGUCGGCGGAGGUGCCGGCCGCCGCGGUGUUGAACCUGGCGUCUCAUCUCGGACCGUCCGCCGCGCCGCCUCGUUCUCAGCACGCCUUCACUGCGGCCGCGGCGGAGGGCUUCCGGCACGGCUGGGGACUGCCCGCGCCACCGCAACACCUUCGCUCUAUGCGAGACGGACAGACAAGCUAGAGAACAUGGAGAACAGGGUUGUCUCAGUGCGCCUUUCACUGUCCGCUACGGUCGGCCACCUAGUCGUACUACACUUCGCUCAACCAUCUGCCUCCGUGGCGGCCGAUUUAGUAUCCAUUUCCCCCACAAACAUACGUUACGA